AAAAAAAAAAAAAAAAACGUUUGUAGAAAUCUUGAGUAAUCCGUUGGCUUCGCAUAACGUUUUGAAAACAGUUUUAACGCGCAUUCCAAACGAGACGGUUCGCCUAGUUCGGCUCCUUACAAAUAAACGUCGAAGCUUUAGUGCAUUUUUAAUUAAAUUGCAAAAAGUUUACAAUAAAAGCAAAAGUGCGCUUGAAAGUAAAGCGAAAAUUAAGAGAGAAAAAAGAAAUUCGUGUUUAUGUGAAGGCUAUGAAAAGUUAACAAAUAUUUCAAAAGUGUUUAAAUCAAAUAUUUGAAAUCAAAAUAAUAAUUAAUUUAAACAUCAAAUCAUACACGGAUAUAUUGGAUACGCUCUAAUUGGAAGCUUCAAGCUAUGUGCCAGUCAGGCAUCAAUAUAAACCCAUAAUCGAAACGUAUGUCAGGAUGCUUUUACUGCCGAUUCUACUGUUAUAUGCCGGCUGGACGGGGCUAGUGCGUGCUGACAGCUGUCCGCCCUCGGAGGCCAUCCUGCCCUGUCGCUGUUCGCUGCGCGGCAAGGAGAUACAAAUAUGGUGCUCGCACAGCAACUUGCCACAGAUAAUGGAUGGCCUGAAGGCCGUGGAGCGGAAUAUCAAGACCCAAAUCGAUGAGCUGGUGCUGGAGAACAAUCAACUGCCCGCGCUGCCGGGUCGCUUCUUUGGCAAUCUGCAGAUCGUGCGGCUGAUGCUGCGCUACAAUAGCAUCGAACGGGUCUCCAAUGGCUGGCUGAACGAGCUGGAGAACAGCCUGGUGGAGAUAUUCAUAGUGGAGCCACAGCUGCGCAGCAUCCCGGCCGAGAGCUUGAACGGCAUGAUCAACAUGCUGGCCAUAACCAUACAGAGCGACGAGCUGAAGCACUUGCCCGACUUUUCGGGCCUCCUCAGCCUGACCUAUGUGAGCGUGCAGAGCGCAUCGCUGACGGAGCUGCAGCCGCACAGCUUCCGGCAUCUGCCCAAGUUGCAGCACAUCCACAUCACAGGCGGCGCGGGUCUGACGCGCCUGGAGGCGGGCCUGUUCGAUGGCUUGAUAUCCCUCAAGAGUCUGGAUCUCAGUCGCAACGGUAUCAACUGGAUUCACCUGCGCGCCAUGACGCGAUUGCCCAACUUGGUCAGCCUGAAACUAUCGUAUAAUCAGAUCAGCGAUGUGGGCAUGAUUGGGCGCAUUGUGAAGGACCUGGAACACUUGAAGAAGCUGCGCCUCGAUCACAAUAUCAUAAAUGUCAUCGAGGACGGCUCCUUUGUGGACUUGCCCAAUCUCUCCGAGCUGCAUCUCAAUGACAAUCGCAUCACGGAGCUGCAGUACGGCGCCUUCCUGCGCACCCCCCAACUGAAGACUAUUCAUUUGCACAACAAUUUGAUACGGCGCAUACAUCCGGAGUCGCUGCUGCAGGCCUCUGGCAGCGGCGUGGAGGCCGUGCACAUCUACAACAAUGAGAUUGGCCAUGUGGAGGCGCUGCGAGCGCUGCUCGACGCCUUGCCCACGCUGCGCUUCCUGGACAUGAGCGGCAAUCUGUUAAGCGAGCUGCCCUACGGGGCACUGCGUGGCCAUGGCACGCUGGAGCAACUGCAUCUGAACAACAAUCAAUUGCGCUCGAUCGAGCGCGAUGCUCUGAUGGCCAUGCCCGCUCUCCGGGAGCUGCGCAUGCGCAACAAUAGCCUCAGCUCGGAUCUGCCUUUGCCCUUCUGGAAUCUGCCGGGUCUCAAGGGCUUGGAUCUCGCCCAGAAUCAAUUUGUGCGCGUCGACUCACAGCUGCUGGCUGGCCUGCCCUCGCUGCGUCGCUUGGAUCUCAGCGAGAACGGCUUGGUCGAUCUGGCUGCCAACAGCUUUCGGCACAAUAGUCUCUUGGAAACGCUCAACAUCUCGUCGAAUGAACUGACCCACAUCUAUCCGGGCACCUUCAUGCACUUGGAACGCCUCUUCGAGGUGGACGCCAGCUACAAUCAGUUGACUGCUAUGAUUCCAGGUCUGCCUCAGAUUGUGGAGCGCAUCUCGUUGCGUGGCAAUCGCAUCUCAUCUCUGCCCCCUGCGGGCAGCAAGUCCCUGCAGUUGCCCAAUCUGCGCAUGCUGGAUCUCAGCCAGAAUCUCAUUGAGCAGCUGCCACGGCACGGCUUCCAGGCGGCGCCCGAGCUACGCGUGCUGAGUCUGGCGCAGAAUCAGCUGCGUCUGCUGGAGGACACCUCGUUCAUAGGCAUACAGCGGCUGGAGCUGCUGCACCUGCAGGACAAUCAGCUGAGCCAGGCGGAUGAGCGUGCGCUGUUGCCGCUGGCGGAGCUUCGCAAUCUCAAUCUGCAGUCCAACAAGCUGGAGUCCAUCACGGACAACUUCUUCUCGAACAACAGCCGGCUGGAGCAGCUGGAUCUGUCCCGCAAUCUCAUCCGCACCAUUUCGCCCACCGCCUUCGACAAUCAGCGCUCGCUGGAGUAUCUGGAUCUGUCGGGCAAUGCGCUGCUCGACAUCUCCGUGGGUCUGGGCAAUCUGCACAGUCUGCGCGACGUGGAUCUCAGCUACAAUCAGAUCUCGCGCGUGCAUGCGGAUGUGGUCAAUGCCUGGCGCAAUGUCGUCGAGAUUCGCCUGUCCAACAAUCUCAUCGUGGAGCUGCAGCAGGGCACCUUCCGCAACCUGCCCAAGCUGCAGUAUCUGGAUCUGAGCAGCAACGAGAUUAGCAGCGUGCAGCCAGGCGCACUCAAGAGUCUACCGGAGCUGCAGGAGUUUGUGCUGGCCGACAACAAGCUGGUGGAGCUGAAGGACCACGUGUUCGAGGACCUACCCUCACUACUGGCCUCCCACUUUCAGUACAACAAAUUGAGGUACAUCUCGCCAGAGAGCUUCCACCACGCCAACUCGCUGGUCUUCCUCAACUUGUCCAACAAUCACUUUCGCAACAUGGAAAACAUUGGACUGCGCAGCAUGCGCAACCUGGAGGUCUUGGACCUCUCCACCAAUGGCGUCAAAAUGGUCUCCACAAUGCCACUCAAGGCGCUCAACUGGCUGGUCGAGCUGAAGAUGGAUAACAAUCAGAUAUGCAGAAUACAGGGCUCUCCCUUUGAGACCAUGCCCAGGUUGCGCGUCUUGUCCAUGCGCAACAAUCAGCUGAGAACCAUCAAGGAGCGCACCUUUAGGAAUUUGAGAGGCAACAUUGCCAUACUCGAUGUGGAUGGCAAUCCCAUCGAGUGCAACUGUGAGAUGCAGUGGCUCUCCGUCUGGCUGCAGGAGACGAAUUUCCCUUACCCCGGUCCAAAGUGCAAGGAUGGUCGCCUGCUGCGCAUGGCACGCAUGGAGCGCAGUCUCUGCGCUGGCCUGGAGCUCUACAAUGGCGGCGAUAACAACGAGCGCACCGAGGCCAAUCAUCUGCCGCUGCUGAACGAGCACGGCGACGUGUUCCAGCGUGAUCUGCCCGAGGAAUUCAAUGAUGAUUGCGACGCGUAUAACGAGCGUCCGAUGGUGGGGGAUAGCGAAUACUUUUACGAGCAGUAUGUGGACUCCACGGAUGUGCCGGAAUCGACUAAUGCGGUGGUCAGCAGCUCGCAGCGACCCAAGCCGACGACAGCAGCUAAUCCCAACAUAGAUCUGAACAAUACGCUGCUGCAUACCAAGUACUUCAAUAGGCGACCACAGCCGGCGGCUGGCGCUGGGUCUCCGUUCACCUUCUUUGGCUAUCCGAUACCCAGCCUGAGCUUGGGUCGCUUCUUUGGAUUUGGGGAGCGUGGGCGUAAGCAGCGCACGGAUCAGGAUGAUCCGAUGCCAGCCACGCAUCGCAUGGCGCACAUCAAUUUGCCCAGUGGGCGUGGCAAGACGCGCAUGUAUCAGCCGAACAGCGCCGAGUUCGAGAAGUAUCUGCGGGAGCAGCAGCAACAGCAACAGCAUCAAUCGAAUGUGCCCAACGCUAGGAAUCGCUAUGGCGAAACGGAGUCGACCACCAGCUCGGGCGAGGAAGCCGCGAGCAAUGAGAGUGGUGCCGCCACCACAACGGGCGUGUUUCGCACUACAUUCCGAGAGCCGGCGAGCAUUGAGCGUGGCGGCUUCCGACCCAUUGUGCCGGCACACGUUGGCGGCUUCAUGCCAGUGCAUGAUCCCCAGCAGCGCCGCGGUGUAGUGGAGCAGGUGAAUGCCACGAGCAAACCACACCUGGAGCGGCAUUUUGUGCCCAUCGCCGUGCAACCAGAGCAGGCACAGCCCAGACCUAAGCCAACGAGCGGCGCCGAGAGCAGCGAAACGGCCACCUACGAAGUCACCGAAGUGACACCCGAUAUAACCACUCAAAUGCCAAUCGUAAAGAGCACCAGACCCAUGACAACAGCUCGACCAACGUCAUCCGCAACUACAACUACGACUACAACUAGUUCUACAACAGAGACGCCGAUGACCAGUGCCUCCAGUGAGCAACAAACGGAGGAUUCCCAGUACGAUGAUGAGGAUCUGGAGGCGCAGUCAGUAACGCUGCUGCGUCCACCGAAACUCUAUCAGCCAACAACAGCAGAGACCAUACUAUUGAUACCGCCACCCGAAGAGCACGUGGCACAAAUCAAAAGUCACUCAUGGGUGACGACCACGACAGAAGCCAUCACUGACUAUAAGGCCACACCCAGCAGCGAGCAAGUGGCUGAUGCGCCUGCUCGCGGUACUGGAGCCACUGGCGUGCGUACGCCUGGUGGACGUUCCACUAUCACCAAGGUGUAUACACCGCACCAGCAGCAUCAGCAGCAAUUGGUACAGCCCACAGCCGAGGAGUAUCAGCGCACAACGCCCAGUGCGGACAAUGAGAGCUUUGCCAGCGAGCAGCAAGUGAUUUCUAAACAAGCCCAGAAGCGUACAGACACACUCCCGGAUCUAUCACAGGUCGCGGAGCGGACGGAGCGCAAGGAUGGCAUGGACUGGUACUAUGAGAGCUUCAAGAAGAAACGAGAUUUUACAAAUCAAGCUACUGCGGUGCAUACGCCUGCCAACAAGGAGGUGUUCUAUGGCAAUGUCCUGCCAGAAUUGAAUGGAAGCAGCAGUUGGAGUCAGCCAAGCAACCGAUAUAUAAUCCUACUGGCCUUCAUCUUGCUGGGCAGUCGCUGAUGAGGAACGUUGUUGGCAGUGUUAAACAGUUGUUUAAGUUGUUUUAUAAGUUUAUUUUUACAAUUGAUAUGUAUAUUAAUCUAUGUUGUAUAAUAAAAUUAAAACAUUA